AUGUCUUAUUCCAUCGGAUCAUUAAGCAGUUCGUAUUCGGGACCCGGAAGUCCGGCACAACCGCAGGAGCGUCCCUAUCCGGAUUACGUACAGCGGAUAACUGUGAAAGAUUCGAACGGAGGAACCAAGGAACUGCUAUUUCCGAAAGCCCUGGAUCUGGAUCGCCCUAAGAGAAACCGAACGACGUUUUCACAGGAACAACUUAGAACGCUGGAACGGGAGUUCCGUAAGAACCAGUACAUGGUUGGGAAAGAACGAACAGAAUUAGCGGACAAACUGGGGUUGUCCGAAACACAGGUGAAAGUAUGGUUUCAAAACAGGCGAACGAAAGAUAAAAAGGACAAAAGCAAAGCCGAGGAGAGUCGCGAGAACAGGGUGAAAGCAUGGCCCAAAUGUGAACUCCUGAACAGCGUGUUGCCGCCGGUCCCAACCAUACAGCCAUUCUACGGAUACGCUCCCUGUUUACCCCUCCCUUCCCAUCAACCUUUCCGGUAUCCGGUUUAUCAUGGCACAUGA